AUGCCCCCGGCAGCACCUGACGAUAUCAUCCGCCAGCACAGCCGGUCCCUUGAAGACGAUAGUUCCUUCACUCCGGAUACAAACCGAGUUUCAGAGCAUGAGCCUAGUGGAAAGAAAAAGAAGAAGGCAAAAAAGGCCAAGGCCAAGGCAGCGACAGAGUCACCACCGGAUGAGAUGUAUGUAUCCGGUGAUUGUUUUGUUCCGGAGCGUGCGCCGUUAACGCCAGAAACCAUGUGUAGCAUCCAACCAUCUGCUCCACCUGUGGAGCCUUCCUCCUGCCCAGACCCACCCCUGGAGCAUCAUGUAAAACCAUCCGUCAUGAUGCCGGCUCUCGAUGCUCUUGAUUCGCUCGAUGAACCUGCAGACAACGAUCUUGCCUCCCGAACGGAUACCUGGGCUCAAUCAGUACCGUAUGGAAAGAGCCCCCCCACCGAUCUUAUGGAUGGAGAUAUUCCAAAUGCAUCGCCCCUCAAUUUUCCCACUAUCCAGGAGAGGGGUGGAUUCAGUGAUCCCUCCUCGGCAUCUCCCCCACCUCGAACCCAACCAUCCAGUUAUGGCAACGGGUACCGGAGCAGCAUGCAAUCACGACAGCAGUCUGUGGAUAGAAGAAAGAGUAAUUCUUAUGGGAGUCCGAUGAGCAAUCAUGCCCCUCUGCCUCACCUCCCCCAGCCACACUUCUUCGGAGCCCCGGAGAUCGAUAUUCAUCCGGUUCAGAACCGAUCCUCUACCGAUGGGAAUUACUCCUUCUGUAGCUUUGAAACGCUUCCUACUCUCUCUCCCAAAGCCUCCCGAACUGGGACGAACGUCUUGCUAGUUGGGACUGAUGGGGCCGUGGAGAUCCUCGCAAUCGAAGAUCGUCGGACUCGGCUUGUAGGGCAGAUCACUGGGUUGAACGGUCGUGUGAUCGAAGCCAAGAUCCUGUCUGGUCAUUCAUCCAAUGAUCCUUUUGCGUCAGCUCGACCUCACGUUGCUGUCAUCGUUCAUGGACCCUUGGGCCCAAAUGAGGAGGAAGGUCGCAUCUCUUCAGCAGCGUCGGAUGCGAACGAGAUUCCUCCUUCUACAGCCCGUGGCCACUCGGGCGACAGAAGACCUCCCGAAACUCCUCGGUUUUACCAAACACGAGUGGAAGUCUAUUCAUUCCGGACUGGUGAACAUGUUUCGACUCUAUUUGCAAGCAAGCCCGUGCCGUGUUUGGACAGUCUUCCUGGCAUGCCUUCCUUUGCCCCGCCGCCUGUUGGUAGCUUGAAGCUUUUCACAUCCAGUGCUUAUAUCAUGUUGGCAUCUGGUAUCAGUGGCGAAGUCUAUAUUUAUAGACAUGCCUUAUCUUCGGGACCAGGUGAGAGUGCCUAUCAGUGUUUGGGUAAGACGUGGACUGGUAUUCAGGUCAAGGAAACUCGUCGUUAUUCCACCUCUUCGAGCUCCACCACUGAUCCGGAGGGUACUCGCAACGAGCCUCUUCAUGGCGGCUCUGUCUUUGAAAGACCAAUAUUAGCCGUGCAAGGAAGAUGGUUGGCAUUUGUUCCUCCGUCCUCGGCCUAUCGAGGCUCUAUCCACGGAACUGUGCCGCAGAGCUUGAUACAUGGAAAGGUUCCUGGACUUGAAACUCGCAGCCCUCCUACUGUUCCAUCAAUAUCUUGCGCGACAGAUGUCGGGGAGGGAGAGAGUUUCUUCGAUAAAGUGGCAAGAGGUGUUGCUCAAGAACUUGUUAAAGGUGCUCGCUGGAUGGGUGACCAAGGCAUGCAGGCAUGGAACAACUACUGGAAUACUCAGCAACCAGGAGGCACCUCUCCACGUCGAUCAGCGCAGGGGAUUGAUAGUCCAGCACAAGGAUAUGGACUAUUCCCACCAACUCAUGGUCACGAUACGCAAGCAUCCUCGGCUGUUGAACCCGACACUGUAUCCAUUAUUGACCUGAAACGAUUUGAGGAUGGAUCCGAUAUACGAAAUGUGUUCACUCACCCCGUGUCGACAUUCCAAGUUCCCAACGGUUGCAGCUUCUUAUCCCUCUCGCCAAAUGGCCUUAUGUUAUUCACGGCGAGUAAGAAGGGUGAUGUGCAAUAUGUCUGGGAUCUGAUGCAACUCAAGCAUUGCCGAUCCAUGGCUUUCAUGGCUGAUGACCAGGUUGGACAGAACCCUAAUGUGCGUCAGAUUGCACGAUAUGCCCGUUUAACCACGUCAAGCAUCGUUGAUGUGAUUUGGACUGCACCAGUGGGUGAUAGACUGGCAGUCAUUACACGCAAGGGCACUAUUCACGUUUUUGAUCUACCUCGAAGCGCAUUCCAAUGGCCACCUUUCCGACGUGCACGGCCUUCUGUCAGCAAAUCGCCGGCCGUUGAUCCCAUGGCGGAAGAGGUAGGCCAAACAGCGGGUGGUAACCCCUUGUCAGCAGCCAUGAAGUUGGUGGGCGGUAAAACGCAACCUUUCUUCUCUGCCGUUCGGGGUCGUGUUCCCUCUGGAGGUGCUGCAUUUCCUAACAUGAGUGGAUUUGCGCUGCCCUCUGCCGCGAGCGUCAAGAGUGGAAAGGUUGUCGCUGCCGGUCUCAGCAAGUCCAUGGGUGCUGCAACGGGUACUGUCAAUACCCUUCGACAUGUAGGAGAGAAUCGUCUGCAUCUUCCCGGGCUCGCUCGAGACCCUACACCAUCGCGAGUGACUUGGAUCUGUACUAAAGGUCUUAUAUUCCUGGGGGUGGUGGAUGGCGGAUACUUCAAAUUGUAUCGCUUGAAGCGUGCUGUGUCUAGUCACAAGAACCGACAGCCACACUCCGUUGUUGGCCCCAGGGAAUCCCAGGUCAAGUUGCCCGAGAAUCUACAAAGCCUUUGUGGUCCUGCUCCUGUUGCCACGUUUGACCCGGAACUUACAGUCCACGCUUCUCUUGUUCUUCCUUCGAUUCCCUCCCAAGCCAGUGCAGGAAGACCACUUUGCCAGCCCCUCUCACAGGCAGAGAUUGAGACCAACACUCCAUACCAGCCGUUCCACACGGAUCAACGAGUUGGCUUGAGUGUCUUCUCCUCCGGCAGUGAUGCAAGCGAGCCUAGUGGACGUUGGGUUUUCGGGAAUGAUAUCCCCAUGACCAAAGUACACCUGAGAUCUUUCAACAGUUCCAGUGACGACCAUGGAGAUGAUGAAGAUGAGAAUGCCGCUAUUCACGGACACUCGUUUGGAGCUGGUGGAGAUAUGGAAAACCUUAUCACCCUCGGGAACAGCACUGGCAAUGUCGAAGAAGUGGUCAUCACCACCCGCCGGAAGAAGAAAUACUCAGCCCCAUUGAAAGCCGAUGACGGUUUCUUCGAAGAUGACUGCGAGGUCCUCGACUUCGCCCGGGACCGCGUCUGA